UCAACUUUAGUAUUAUUAUGAAAUUUCCCCACCCUCUAAAAUCUCACCUGUGUAAACCAACCUUUCACUCUACUUCAUCUCUUCUCAACCUCUUUCGCAAAUCAUACCACCAAAUAUCAUCUCCUCAUACUCCCACCCAUCUUAACAAUCUCCUCCGCACCAAGAACCUCAAACUUGUCGCCCAAGUUCACGCCCAAAUCAUCACAAACAACUACACUUCUCUCCUUUUCCUCUUCACCAGCCUUCUCAAUUCGUAUGCUAAAUGUGGCAAUGUCGACCGAAGCUUACUACUGUUCUCAACUAACCAUGAUGGAUUUAGGAACAUUGUCACUUGGACCUCUCUUAUCAACCAAUUAUCCCAAUUUAACAGACCCUUUGAGGCCUUGGCAUUUUUUAACAAAAUGAGGAGCACUGGUAUUUAUCCAAACGACUUUACCUUCUCUGCUAUUUUGCCUGCUUGUGCAGGCACCAUGACAGUUACACACGGUGAACAAAUGCAUUGUUUGAUUUGGAAACAUGGGUUCAAAACGGAUGUCUUUGUUGGCAGUGCAUUGGCUAACAUGUAUGCAAAGUGCGCUGAUAUGAGCUUGGCGGAGAGAGUGUUUGAUGAAAUGCCCAAUAGAAGCCUUGUUUCUUGGAAUUCUAUGAUUGUGGGUUUCGGGCAGAACAAGUUCUAUGAUCGGGCUGUUGGAGUUUUCAGGGAGGUUCUUAGUGAGAGUUUGGAUAGUCCUGAUGAAGUGAGUUGCUCAGGUGCGUUAAGUGCCUGUGCCAAUAUGGGUUGCUUGGAAUUUGGGAGACAAGUUCAUGGAGUUGCUCUUAAGCAUGGUCUGGUAGCAUUGGUUUAUGUGAAGAACUCUUUGAUGGGCAUGUAUUCUAAGUGUGGAAUGCUUGGUGAUGCUGUUAAGUUGUUCAAGGCCAUAGGAGAUACAGAUGUUGUUGCAUGGAAUGUUAUGAUAAUGGGGUGUGUCCAUAGUGAUAACUUUGAGGAAGCUUGCAAUUAUUUUUGGGUCAUGAGGAGGGAAGGUAUAUCACCUGAUGAGGCUUCAUACUCUUCUGUCCUUCAUGCUUCUGCUAGUCUUGCAGCACUAAAUCAAGGCAUUUUGAUCCAUGAUCAGAUUAUAAAAACUGGUUUUGUAAAGAAUGCAUGUGUUGCAAGUUCAUUGAUCACAAUGUAUGCAAAAAGUGGGAGCCUGAUUGAUGCUCAUCGGGUGUUUGAAGAGAUUGAGGAUCGAAAUGUGGUUUGUUGGACAGCAAUGAUUGCAGCUUGCCAACAACAUGGCUGUGCAAACCAAGCCAUUGUAUUGUUUGAGGAAAUGCUUGGCGAGGGGAUUAACCCUGAUCACAUUACAUUUGUUUCUGUUCUAUCAGCUUGUAGCCACGCUGGGCAUGUUGAAGAAGGAUUUGUUUACUUUCGUUCCAUGACUAAGGUGCAUGGCAUGAGUCCUGGGCCUGAACACUAUGCUUGCAUGGUUGACUUGCUUGGUCGCAUCGGUCGAUUGGAUGAAGCUAAGAGGUUUAUUGAGUCAAUGCCAAUCAAGCCUGACUCAACAGUUUGGGGAGCUUUGCUUGGGGCUUGUAGGAAUUAUGGCAAUCUGGAAAUGGGAAGAGAGAUUGCAGAGAGACUUUAUGAGUUAGAACCGGACAAUCCGGGGAAUUAUGUGCUGCUUUCUAACAUGUAUGCACGUAAUGGGAUGUUGAAGGAAGCUGAUGAGGUUAGAAGGUUGAUGGGAGUCAAUGGGGUAAGGAAGGAAGCUGGAUGUAGCUGGAUUGAUGUUAAGAACACCACCUUUGUGUUUACAGUGCAUGACAGGUCACAUCCUAGGACGGAUGAGAUUUAUAAGAUGUUGAGGAAGUUGGAGGAGUUGGUGAAGAGGAAAGGGUAUGAGCCUGGAACGCAAUUUGCAAUUAACAGUGUGGAAGGGUUCAAAGAACAAAGCUUAUGGUAUCACAGUGAGAAACUAGCCCUUGCAUUUGGGCUACUGACCCUUCCUGUUGGGGCUCCAAUUAGGAUAAAGAAGAAUCUGAGGACUUGCGGCGAUUGUCAUACAGUUAUGAAGCUUGCUUCAGAUAUAUUUGAGAGAGAGAUUAUUGUAAGAGAUAUCAAUAGGUUUCACCGGUUCACUAAUGGUUUGUGUUCCUGCAGAGAUUACUGGUGACUGGAUUUUGUAGAAUUUGAAGCGACAGAAACAUCAUCUUUUGUCUUUACCCCCUUUUUCCCCUUUUUGAAAAAAAAUAUUUUUAUUAAAUUUUUCUGCAACAGAAAAAGCUAA